AGUAUGGCUACAGUAGGAGUGGAUGUGAUUGAAAUAGCAGCUCUAGGGAGAUCCUUCCAGCUGGGGAUGCUGUACGACUGCAGGAAAGAUGCUCUCAUACCAGGAAUCACACUGUGGGAUCCGGAAAAGCUCCAGCAGAGUUUACGAACCCAUCCCCAAAUUAACACAGAUUUCAAAGUCACGGCUUCAGACUCCAUUGAGGACAAAUCAACCUUACUGAACAUCGACGACUCUCUGAAACUGAGUCUUUUAGGUGGACUGGUCAAUGUCACAGGAGCAGCCAAAUAUCUAAAUGACACCAAGAAGUCUUUCAGACAGCAGAGACUGACUCUGCAUUAUCAUUCAACCUGCAGGUUUGAAGAACUGACCAUGAAUCACUUGGCACCUGAAAAUAUCAUUAAUCAGGAUGUGUUUGAUAAUGACACAGCGACACACGUGGUGACAGCAGUGCUGUAUGGAGCUGACGCCUGCUUCGUGUUUGACAGAGAAGUUUCAACAGAUGAGAACAAAAGUACAGUAGAAGGAGAAGCAAAAGUGGCUCUUGAGAAACUCAAAUUCAUUUCAGUAGAUGUGAACGUCAAUCUGAAGAUGGACGACGCUCAGAAGAAUGCAGUCCAGAAAUUCACAUGCACGUUUUAUGGCGAUUUCCAGUUACCGUCAAACCCGACCUCUUUUGAAGAUGCUCUGAAGGUUUUCACUGAUCUUCCAAAACUUCUGGGAGAAAAGAAAGAGCUUGCCAUUCCUGUGAGAGUUUGGCUUUAUCCUCUGGACAAACUUCACUCAAGAGCUUCACAACUUCAGAAGGACAUCGGCAUGGAUCUAAUCAUAGCCAUAGAAUCAGUGAUUGAGAUUUUAAAUACAGCUGAGAUGAGAUGCAGUGACCUUCUGAAAGACUCACCUGCUCUGACUUUUAUUGUAUUUCAUGAUAACAUUCUGCAAAUGAAGCAAAACUGUUACAAGUACAAACUGAAGCUCAUGAAGAGACUCGGCUCUCUGCUGCCAAACAUCCGUGGAGACGUAAUGAAGGAAACGGCGCUGAAUGAACUUCUACAAGAACAUGAGGAAUCUCCUUUCAGAAGAUCUGACCUUGCAGAAUGGCUGAAAGAGACAGAAAGAGAGUCUGACGUCAUUAAAUCAGUCCUCCGACAGCUGAAGGAUGCUGGUGCACAAGCAGAAGUCAACAUAGAUCUGAUAUUAAUGGAUCUGGAAGUUGUAAAUCUCGUCUGUUUCAUGUUCACAUCAUUGGACUGGACAGAUGUGCUGCUGCUUCAACAAAAGGCCUGUUUGAGUCCUUCAGCAAAAGGAAAAAAUAAUGAGAACCGUCCUGAUACAAAGCAAAAGUCUUGGCUCAGUCCUGAGAUCCAAAAGACCAUGAGGUACAACUUGAAGACAUUUAAGAACUUGAUCGAUUCAAAAGAUCGUAAACCAGCCAGGUUCAUUGUGUCCUCGAGAGAAAUGGAGAAUAAUCCUGGUUCCUGCAUUCUGCUGUAUGAAAGUGAAUGUGAUGAAGAUGUUUGCUUUAUUCCUCCAUCACAGCCUGCCCGUCCAGUCACUGAAGAGGUCAAAGAUAAAGGUGUAGUUGUGAAGGUUCCUCCAGCGUGUCCUGCUACAGUGGAGCUCAGAUUACUGUAUAAACCGAAGCAGGACUCAGUCUGGACCUCUGAACCGGUGAUGAAGGAUCAACACACAGUUACUCUGACUGAUCUGAGAGCAGGAACUGAAUACGAGAUCAAAUGUGCAGCAGUGGGGAAACUCAACUACACCGUAUACAGUGACAUCACUGAAGUUACCACAGAGGGAAGGAGCAGUACGAGUACUGGCAUUGACUUUGAAGGAGACGGUCACUCGACUACCUUUACCAGCACUGAGGGUCCUUUGUCUCCAGCAGUUUCUGAAUCGUCCCAGUGUUCUUGGAGGAGAUCACCUGAUGACCAAAACAGGCCAUUUAUACAUGAUCGGAGCACUAACACCAGAGCACCGGAGUCUCAAAAGCACAUGAGCAACACUUCAAUCAGUGACUCUGGCAUAGAAGAAGCUUCUACAGGACGAGGUGAAGUGACCAGAAGAAGCCAGAAUUUGAAUGCAUUGAAGAAUCCUGAUGUUUCCAGCAUCAAGCUCAAGCCGUCUGUGAUCAACCCAGAGAGCAGCACACAGAGCCAAUCGUCAGUAUCAGUGUCCUCAUCAAAGACGUUUAAACUGAGACUGAAGGAGGAGUUUCAGUAUCUGAAUGAAACACCUGGAGAAAGACAAAGUCUGAAUGAUGUCUUCAUUGAACAACACAUCACAGAGGACCCUGAUUCUCACAUCAGUAAUGAUAGACAGAUCAUGCGCAACGACAUGUUUGAAGGCCAGCAUAUCAGGAGCCUUUUGCUGAAGGGAGAUGCCGGCACUGGAAAAACUGUGACUGUGCAGAAGUUCAUCCUGGACUGGGCUGAAGAGAAAUCAAACACUGAUAUCGAUUAUAUAUUUCCAAUACCUUUUCAGAAGCUGAACAUUAUCAGAGAGACGGUGAAGAAAUGUAGCUUCACGGAGAUUCUGCAGCAUUGCUUCGAAAACACUGAAUAUCUGAAACUCAAGGACUCUGAGAGGAUCAUGCUGAUCUUUGAUGGACUGAAUGAGUUUAAACUUCCUCUAGAUUUCAAAAACACAAAGAAGAUCACUGAUGAAAAUGAGCCAGGCUCAGUCUCUGGUCUACUGGCAAACGUCAUCAUGGGAAAUCUGCUUCCGAACGCUCAGAUCUGGAUCACCAGCAGACCAGCAGCAGCCAAUCAGAUUCCUGAUGGAUUUAUUGAUCGCAUGACGGAGAUCCAGGGCUUUAUUGAUCCACAGAAGGAGGAAUAUUUCAGAAAGAGCAUUAGUGAUCAGAGAAUGGCUAAUAAAGUCAUCAGUCACAUCCAGACAUCAAGCCGCAUCAGCAGCAUGUGUUAUUUACCAGAUUACUGCAGAAUCAUCGCAGCGAUUCCAGAGAAGAUGUUCAGUACACGCAGUGAUGAUUUCCCCAAGACCCUCACUCAGAUGUACAGCAGACUCCUGUUAGCUCAGACUGAACUGAAUCAGGUGAGUAAAGAGACCGUCACUGCUCUGGGGAGAAUAGCGUUUCAUCUGCUGGUGAAUGGAAACUCUCUCUUCUGUUAUGAACACUUAAAGAAAUGUGGCAUUAGAGACGAAAGUGUUCUGAUACGCUCAUCAAUCAUAAAGAAGACUGAAGACCAAAGCAAGCGUAAAUUACUCUGUUUUGUGAAUCACAGAACACAGGAGUUUCUGGCAGCUUUAUAUGCGACUGCAGUCAUUAAUGUGAAUAAUCCACUCCAGCUCAGAGAUCUGUCCAGUCUAGACCUUAACUACUAUAACUCCCAGAAUGUGAUGAAAAACGCUUUAGAAAGACAGAUGGAUCUUUUCUUCUGCUUUUUAAUGGGUUUGUCGCUGGAUUCCAGUCAGAGAGCUUUAAAAGACCUCCUGAAACAGAGAGAAAGCAGCUCUUCAUCCAGUCAAAAGGCAGUUGAAUACAUCAAAACAAUGCUCAUGCAGUUUUCUCCAGAAAAUACAGACAAAUGCAGUCUCCUGUUUGACGCUUUGAAAGAGCUGGAUGAACGAUAUUUAAUCCAGGAAAUAAAAACACAGCUGAAAUCUGGACUCAAACCCUCUCUUGCUCAGAUUUCAGCUCUGGUGAAUUUAGAAAAGUAG